ACGCUCAGCGACGUUUCUGGACUCCAGGCAAUCGCAUGAACUCGAGUUUCGUGGUGGAAAGUUCUCAGAGGAGUGUAGAGAAUAUCAUCGACAAUUUCGUCUUCUUCCUGAAAAUUGAAAAGAGGGCGAUAGAAUCGGCAUGCGCGGUUGUUCACCAACUACCAACGUGCCGCAUCCCGAGGAAAAAUUUGUCGUGGAAAGAAAAUCAUCGUAAAUAAAUCGAAUUUGCCGUAUUUUCUGGAAAAAAAGUCGAGUUGGUUGGGAAACCAACGAGUGGCGGAUCGACUUCGAGGUUCAUCGGGUUGCCGAAAAACUUCCUCUUCUAUUUCCUGAUUUAUGAACGCGAUUCAGGCGUAAGAAUCCGGGAUGGAAUUCGGUGUGGGUGAUGUUGCCCAGACAUCAGCGGAGCUCGCUCGUGUUGUCGAGGUGAUGAUGUCGCCCAACGUCCCUCACCAGCAGCGCCUCGAGGUCUACAGCGCCUGCGAGCGAUUUAAAGAAUCCUCGCCACUCUGCGUCCAGUGUGGCCUCUACCUCGCCCAAAGAUCUUCCGACUGGAGCUCCGUCGUUCGCCACUUUGGCCUCCAGCUGAUGGAGCAUUGUGUCAAGUACCGCUGGACCCAGAUCUCCCAGUCCGAGAAGAUCUUCAUCAAAGAGAACGCGAUGAAACUGCUCCAGGAGGGAACGGAGCCUCUUCUCCAGGAGGAGACACACAUCAAGGACGCACUCUCGCGGGUCGUCGUCGAGAUGAUAAAGCGAGAAUGGCCCCAGCAGUGGCCGACACUUCUUGCGGAAUUGAGUCAGGCUUGCACCCGAGGCGAGAGUCAAACGGAACUUGUUCUCCUCGUCUUUUUGAGACUCGUCGAAGACGUCGCCCUUCUUCAGACUCUCGAGUCGAAUCAGAGACGGAAGGACAUUUAUCAGGCUCUGACGACCAACAUGGCCGAGAUUUUUGCCUUUUUUCUCAGAUUGAUGGAGCAGAAUUUUGCCGAGUUCCAGAAGAAGACGGCCUUGGGUAGACAUACGGAGGCGGCUGCUCAUAGUGGAGUUGUCAGGGCGGUUUUGCGCACACUGACCGGAUUCGUCGAGUGGGUUUCGAUAACCCAUAUAAUGGCAGAAGAGGGUCGGCUUUUGCAAAUCCUCUGUCUCCUCCUUGGAAACCAAGUGUUCCGAUGUUCCGCUGCCGAGUGUCUUUUGCACGUCGUCGACAGAAAGGGCAAAGCCGAGGACCGAAAACAAUUGAUGAUUCUCUUCACGGAAGAGGCACUCCGCUGUAUUUAUGUAGCCGCGACCGCAGCGCCACCGCCGCCUGGACCGAACGACCUCUACGAGAAUCACUACCUCUUCCUGAAGAAGCUGACCCAGGUCCUGACAGGAAUGGCAACUCAGCUCUCCUUACUCUGGGGCAAAGACGACGUUUCCGGUAUCCGUCCGACGCACUUCAAUCUCUUCCUCGACACAGCGCUCCACUUCACCAUGCACUCCAGCCUCACCCUGACCCAUUUGGCGAAUGCCAUUUGGAUCAUCUUCUUCAAGCACGACCAGAUCAAGGUGGACCCGCUCCUGCUGACCUAUAUUCCAAAAUAUAUCGAGAGCACGGGGCCGAAGUUGAUCAAGGUCGCUUGUCCGAAUGGGAGGCAUGUGAAUGGGACGAGUUCGUUUCUCGACUCGGAUUACGACUCCGAGGAGGAGUUCAAUGUCUUCUUUCAUCGGCUCCGGAUGGACCUGUUGGAGGGGUUUCGCCACUCGACGAUGGUGGCGCCUCUAGUCACGUUCGCCUAUGUUCAGCAGUGGCUCACGGCAAAAAUUCGAAAAGGAAUGGCUGAUCUUGGAUACAAGAGCGAUCCAAAUGAUCCGGAAUAUUUGGAAUGGGAGGCACUCGCUAUUGUUUUGGACUCUGUUGUUUCUAGAAUUCUGCAUGUGAAUGAGAGGCCAAGUGUUCAAAGUGGCCUCCAGCUACUGGAAUUGUGUCUCGGUUACAAUCCUCAAGAUCCCUGGCUUCUCUCGACUCUACUAUCGAGCAUCAGUGCACUUUUUGUCUUUUUGUCAAUGUCAACCGGAUCAAUGGCAAUGCCAGGAGUCACGAUUUUGCCCCGGGUCCUGGAGAAAAUUUUCGCAGCACUCGUUUACUCCGGACCGGGAGAAACAAAAGCGACCCGUUCAAAAUCGAGUAAAAAUGUGCGAAGACAUGCUGCGAGUCUGAUGGUGAAAAUUGGACACAAGUAUCCACUUUUGCUCUUGCCAAUUUUUCAACAAAUUCACACGACUGUUCAGGGUUUGGUACGGGAACCGAGUCAGCUCACCAGAAUGGAAAGUGUCCUUUUGUUCGAGGCUUUGCUUCUAAUUUCAAACCACUUUUGCGAUUACGAGAGACAAACGAGAUUUGUUGCGGAAGUGAUUGGCGAAGCUUCGAGACGAUUCGUGGAGAUGGGAACGGAGGCAUUUAAAGGACCCCUGGAAUUGAUAAGAUUUCUGGGUUUGGACAAAACUCCGCUGGAGAAUGGACUCGAGGAUCCGAAGGGGACAAAUCGAUCCGAUUUGAUGUACUGCAUUUGCACGGUGUUGAGUGUCGUGAAGCGGUGUUCAAUUCCCGAGGAUCCGGAUCGAGCAGCUCGGGGAGGAUUUGUGGCAGCCUUGAGCGAAAGUGGCAAUCCUGUAUAUAGAAAUCCGGCAACUCCUCACAUUAUUCCAGUACUGCCGACGCUUUUUAAUCUUCUCAGGGCGAUGAACGCUCUCUUUACGCCUCCGGCUCUCGCGCUUCUUUCCGAGGGUUACAGAAAUGCAUUCGGCCUACUGGAAUCGGAGAAAGCAAAUUUUGCUGUCGAGUCGGAUCAAAGUUCCAUUCCUCCAUUAGCGAGAAUGCAACAUUUUUUGAGCACAAUUCACGAUCAUUGUUAUCAUAUGUUGGGAAGCGGUUGUCACACAAUUGGCAGGGACUUGUAUCAACUUCCUGGCCUCGCGCAUGCGCUUCUCAAUUCCGUUUUCUCAAAUAUGGAGGUCAUUCCGGAUCAUCGACUGCGUCCAAUUAUUCGAGUUUUUAUGAAGCCUUUCAUAUACUCGUGUCCACCUGCAUUUUAUGAAACUGUCCUCGUUCCCGUACUUGCUCACGUAUCAACGCACAUGUGCCAAAGACUGAGUGCCAAGUGGCAAUACAUGACGCAGCUUUACGAGUCCGGGAGCCUCGACGAGGACAACACAAAUACGCAGGAAGUGAUAGACGAUAUGUUGAAUAGAAAUUUGACGCGAGAUUUUAUUGAUAGUUUAAAAGUCGCUCUAGUCGGAGGAGCCGCGAGUGACGCCUCUCCUCUGGACUCGAUGGACCAAGACAGUGGGGGAAUGGCUGUUGAUCCACCUUCCAGAGGAAAUAGCAUUGUUGCCGAAGUUGUCAGCGAACUCGGUUCUUUCGUUCUUCGACAUCCAUCCACUUGCCACAGUGUCGUCUUGUGCGUUCUUGGAGCUUUGUCCUGGAACGAUUCAAAUGCGAGUUUGAAAGCUACAAUGUUGACGGGACCGAUUGUCCGGUCUUUGGCGGUUGACGGGAGUUUGACACCCGCGAUGGCAGCCCACAUAAUGGUGGCAAUUCUGCAAGGACUUCAGCUUCACGGUCAGCAUGAGGCGAAUCAGGGCUCGCUGGUAACACUUGGAGCUCAAGUUUACGAGUGCCUGAGACCCAAAUUCCCCUGUAUUAUCGAGGUGAUGCAGCAAAUUCCGGGUGUCAAUCCUGCCGAUCUGCAGCGAUUUGACGAGAAGAUGUCGGUCAUUAGCACCAAGGGAAAUAAGGUUGAAAAGGGGAAGAAGGAUCUUUUUAAGAAGAUCACCAAUCAGCUGAUUGGCAGAAGUAUCGGGCAGCUUUUCCGAAAGGAGGUCAAAAUCGACAAUCUGCCACGUCUUGAUUUUCCAAAAAAGUCGGAGCACAUACUGCGAGUGGACGAAAUUUCGAAAAGUGCCAACGAAACCGGAAUCGCGGCCCUUUUCGCCGGAAGCACGUAGCAUCCGGCGGAGACAAUUGUUGUCGGCCUAGGUGAAUAAAUGACAAAAAAGAAAAAAAAAAAAAAAAGUUCAAAAAUUCGAAUGAGAAAUAAAUCUCAUCAACAUCUUACCCAAGUCGAAGAGAUGUGAUCGUAUUUUCUACGAUUAUGCAUUUAAGCUUUAUAUUAUGAGCAGCGAGAUAAUUGCACGACCCUCACUCUCUUAUUUAUUUUUUUUUUUUUUUUAGUUGCGUUUAGUCAAUUUUCGGCCCCGCGGAAGGGAACAACUUUUUUUAAAAAAAAAAAGUGGAAUUGGUAAUAAAAAAAAGAGUUGUUGUCGUCGUCUUGUUGCUUUUAGGAAAUUUUUUUACUCCCUAGGCACUUUUUUUUGACGCCCCGAGGGUGCUUUUCCCGUUGAAUUCUGUGUUAUAUUCUGUUGUUAUUAUCGUUUUAUCGAACGUUGGUUUUUGUACAUGAUCUCGUGGCGUUAAAAAAGAUGAAAAAAAAAAAAAAAAAAGAAAAACACAUUCCUUGCGGCGAAACUUGGCAAAAAAAAAGAAGAGAAAAUACGUAGUUAGCUCAAACUCUAAACUCGGUUUUCUACAAAGUCCCUUGUCAACGAUUUUUUUUUACUUCUGUGUUCGGCGAUUUUUGCUGGCCAAAAAAAAAAAAGGAAGAAAAUUCGAAAUGAAAUUUGUUGUUUUUUUAAAUUACUUGCUGAAAAGGAAGAUGAAGGUUUUCAGACAAAGUCUUGCGAAUUUAGUCGAAGCAGAAAUGCUCUUUUGUAAUUUACUUUGCAUCACUCGUUUAGCUAAUAAUUCAUUCAUUCUAGGAUUUAAAAAAUCAAGAAAAACCACCAUUAAGGCAGAAAAUUGUAAAAAUUGUAGAAUUUUCUAAAAAAAAAAAAAAAAAAAAAA